AGAAAGAUAUAUUAAUAUAUCUUCAAAUAAGAAUAAGGAAAAGAGAGGAAAAUAAAAAAGAAAAAAAAAAAAGAAAUUUUGUCCAAGUACAAGGAGAGAAUGAUACUUGGAAUCGCGUGGUUUAUGCAUUUAACGAUUAUCCUAAUCUCGCGAGUUUUUACAUAGGAAUAGUAAUCUGUCCUAAUAUAUCCUGUUGUAUCAUAUUCUUUGAGAAAAUUGAUUGAAGGAAUACCCAUUGGUAUUAAUCAUUUCGAAACUGGAGCUGGAUUCGGUGUUGGUAUCGAAGAGAGGUGGUGGUGGUGGUGGUGGUGGUUGUGGUGGUGGAGGUGGUGGUGGUGGAAGUGGAGGUGCACCAGGAGCAGGUUUCCUGGAUCGGUCGAGCUGGCGAAUAAGACAAGGAGAGUUAAGGAAGAAACCUCGAUAGAAAGGAAGGAAAAAGUGAACGAAGAAGAAACGGAAAAGUCAAAAGAAAAUUAGGGAGGAAAAUAGGUAGUGGUGGUUUGCGACGACGCGUUAUUAGCUCGAUUUAUAUUUAAAACCAAAAAAAAAAUAGAGAAAGAAAAAAAAGGGCCAAUUUAAUAUUCGGCUCGGAAUAAUAUACACAUCUCGGAUUUAGACACACAUAUCCAACGUUCAUAUCGAUCAUUCUCUCAUUAAUUAGAAAAAUUUAAAUUUAAAUAAAAUAAAAAAAGAAAAAAGAAAGAGAAGAGUAUUCAUAUAAAUAUAUAUAUAUAUAUAUGAUAUAUAUAUAUAUACUUAAAUGAAUAGGAUAAGUCACGCGCACAUUACUGAAUCAGAAAUUAUUAUGAUUUUCAUGUAUAUCGAGGAAUAAGCAAGCAAGCAAGCGCGUAACAAUGUUGACGAUACGUAUAUAUUAAUAAUAUACGUGUGUGUUAUGUGUAUAUGUACGAAUAUCAUAUCCCUCAGCUGGGAACGCGACACGUUCGGUUGAAAAGCCGAAACCGAACGAGCUUUUAUCUCUUUUUAAAACGUAUAAAAAUAAAAAAUAAAAAUAAAAAAAAAAAAAGCGAUACCAAAAACAAAAAUACGAGGUGCCUAAGGUAAGAAGUUAUUCGAUUAUAAAUAAAGUAAUAAGGAAGAAAAACACACAUGGGAAUAAGCGUGAGAUAGAAGAAUAUAAAAAAGAAAUAGAAAGGAAUGGGAAGUGGUAAGACAGAGGGGGGGAAGAAAAAUAAAACAAAAAUUCAGUUGGAAAAAGAAUAUAUUAAUUGAGAGAAGGGGAGAAACUAGUGCCUAAUAAAAAAAAAUAUAUAAAACAAAGCGUGUUAACGUUACGCGUGGAUUAAUAAACAUCACGAGAAAAUCUCGCAUAUUAUAAAAUUAAAAAUUAAUUCAAUUAAGCCAAUUUUUGUUUCCUCCUUUUUUCGUGAGAGAGAAAAAUCUAUCUCAUCGGUUUCACGAGACGAUCCAAACUGAUAGAUAAAAAAAGAGAAAAAUAGAAAAAAAGAAAAAGAAUAAGAUUGAAUCUUCGUGGGUGGCCCACCCGAUCACGGACACAAAUUGAGCAAAUUAGUUGUCGUAAGUAAUGUCACGACUAAUGCUCUGCAAUCUCGCAAAUACGUCGACCGGGGGAAAUGAUACGAAUAACAACGCGAAUACGAACAGCAGCAUGGAGGACGACGAUUCUUAUCCACUGCCAACGAUUUAUCGGUGUCGCGCACCCAUAGCCAGUUUGGAUUGCAUGGAAGAGUUCAACGGCGGUGGUGGUGGUGCGGAGACAGGAGUGCACUGCAGCAACACAGCAGGAACGAAAGAACAGCUACUGACUAGCUGCAUUGCUGCACAAGCGCAACGUUUACAGCAUCCAUCGCCAGGUAUUCGUUAUCGCAACUUGGGAAAAAGUGGUCUACGUGUUUCCAAUGUUGGAUUAGGUACUUGGACCACCUUUGGUGUUGGGGGAUGCGGCAACGAGGAAACCGCCGAAGCCGUCGUUGCACUUGCAUACGACAGUGGCAUCAAUGUGUUCGAUUUGAGCGAAGCGCAUAGCGGUCAUCGUGCCGAAAUACAAUUCGGUCGGAUUUUAUUGCGACGUGCAUGGAACCGUUCGAGCUACGUCGUUACGACGAAAAUAUAUUGGAACACGAAGACAGAGGGACGAGGACUAUCACGUAAGCACAUUAUCGAAUCUGUGCAAGCGUCCUUGGUCAGGUUGCAGCUGUCCUACAUCGAUAUCGUCAUGAUUCACAAAGUCGAUCCAAUGUGUCCGAUGGAAGAGAUAGUACGAGCUAUGAAUUACGUGAUAAGCAAAGGCUGGGUAAUGUACUGGGGUACGUCACGAUGGUCUCCCGUUGAGAUCAUGGAGGCCUAUACGAAUUGUCGACAAUUCAAUUGUGUCACCCCGAUUGUCGAACAAGCCGAAUAUCAUCUUUUCUAUAGAGAGAAACCUGAACUAUAUAUGCCGGAAUUGUACAAUAAAAUUGGUGUCGGUUUAAUGGCAUGGUCCACGGUCACCAUCGGAAUGGUAUCAUCCAAGCCGGAAGAUUGUGGAGUGUCCUUCCUCUCAAGGUCCUCUUACAAGAAUAAGUAUUCUUCCUUCAGUUGGACGGAAGAUGAAACGCAGUCUUUGUAUAAGGAGGAAUACGCAUGGAAGGACAAAUCGGCGGACGAGGAAACGCGGAAAUAUUCGGAUAAAUUAAGGGACGUCUGUGCACUUGCCGAAAGGCUCGGAUGUUCAUUCGGACAAUUAGCCAUCGCGUGGUCUCUCAAGAAUGAAAGUGUUCAGUGCCUUCUCCUCGGUGCGUCAAAUACAGAUCAACUGUAUGAGAGCCUUCAGAGUUUACAGUUAAUCCCAAAGCUAAACGCGACCGUAAUGAGCGAGAUCGAGAGGAUACUCGAUAACAAACCGUCCCGGCCACCGAUGGUGUCGACCCUGGCACUUAGAUGACAAUCGAUUUGCCCCCCCGGCAGUGGUGGGGGCUCUUUAGACGAGGGUGGCAGCCCUAAAAGCGAGGGUGGUAACAGCCAAGACCAGGAACAAACAAAGGAGAUGAACAACAAGUUGUCAUUCUGCGAGAUACAAUGAACAUGGAAUGAUUAUGGUGGGAUCAGUGAGAUGAUGAUGAUGACGCAAAUACGACACACGCACGACGCAUCGAUUUAUGAUACACGUUUAAAUAAUAAUAACAACAAAUAAUAAUAAUAAUAAUAAUAAUAAUAAUAAUAAUAAUAAUAAUAUUAAUGAUAAUGAUAUCCAUGCUUCGACGCCACCGGAUAUGUGUGAUAUAAUAAAUCUUAAGGAAGAGAAUUAUAAUAGAAGAGGAAGAAAUUAAAUGAUUAAACAAGAUUUGGUUAAAGAAGAAAAAGAAGAAGAACAACAACAAUAAAUGGCUGAUUAUGUUUUGUUGUUCCGGUGCACGUUGUCGUCAUAAUGGACAUUUAUAACGAGAUGAUGACAAUACCUUCGAUUUGCCGAGAAAGUUAUAAUAUUUCUUUCUCUCUUAUAUACACACACACACAUACACACAAACAUUUGUCUUUCCGCGCAUUUAUUGCAUUUCUCUCUCACUCUCUUUCUCUCUCACGCAAACUCUUUCGUAUACUCGUUCAUAAGGGUUUCGAGAAGAGAAAAAUAAAAUUCGAGAGAUAAAAGGAGAGAGAGAGAGAGAGAAUGAGAUAACGAGGGUGUUAGAAGAAAUUCGUUGGCAAAAAAAAAUAAUUUUGUGAUCCUCAGAUUAUUCAGGAAAUAGAAAAGAAGAAGAAAUUCAAAUAAAGAAGUAGAAGAAAGGGUUGAUUGUUUAAAAACAGGAAACUAUCUCUGAUAACGAAUACGUUUCCCUCUCUCUCUCUCUCUCUCUUUUUUAAUCUUUAGAAAUAAGCUUCUUAGAGAUUAAUAAAAGGAAGAAGGAAAAGAAUAAAACAAUAAAACCGUAGUGUUCGUCGAUACACGGUUUUGCCAUCCCACGCUAAUUUUUAAAUAAACUUGUCAAUAUCGUCCUACUCUCUUUUUCAUCUUUCGAAUUAAAAUUAUAAAGAUAAAAGAUAAAGAGAAAGAGAGAAAGAGAGAGAGAGAAUAAGGGAGAGAACAACAAUUAUUACGAUAUCGCGUUCGAGCAACAACACUUAUUCUAUUAAAAAAUAAUAAUACUGAUUAAUGAUGAUAAUGAUGAUGAUGAUGAUGAUGAUGAUGAUGAUGAUGAUGCUGUUGCUGCUAUUAUUGCUGCUGCCGCUGCUGUUGCUGCCGCUGCUAACAAUAAAUUACUCUUGCCGCUGCUUUAUUUUUCAAAUAUUUUUCUAAUCGCGACGAAUUAUGAAAUAAAAAUUCCGUCUGAUGAAAUAAUGAAGGAAAAAAAAAAUCAAAGAAAAAGAAGAAGAAGAAGAGACAUACCGACGUAAGACACACGAAAAGACGGAAUAGAAUAAAUUUAUUAGAAAAAGACAAAAUAAAAUAAAAAACGAAGAAGAAGAAAAUUAUUAAGAGAAAUUAUUACUACACGUAGAUCAUAUUACGAUUACGUCCGAGACACUCUUAUACUAUAAUAAUAAUAAUAAUAAUUCU